AUGGCUUCGGGUUUUGAUGACCUGCUGCCUUCCACCGUGCUCUCGGUGGCCCUCUCGGCCCUUCACCAAGUCCAGCAGCGAAGCCGCACGCAUCGCACGCUAGCCCAGUGGGCCGUCGCACUACGCGCCUUCGACGACGCCUUCGAGUGGGAGGAUAGCGGUGAGCAGGAUUGUCCGCCCGUGAAGCGUUCGAGGCAAACCUGUUGGACCACACCACAGAAGGCGGCGAAGGUCUUCCGCACUCGCUUCCGGGUACCUCACGCCUUCUUUCUAGAACUGGUGAAGAUGGCGAGGGGGAAGAAGUGGUUCUCUGUGCGAGAAAAGGAUGCUGUCGGACGUCAGGGGAUACCAAUUGAACUGAAGUAUUUAGUUCCGCCGUGCAAGGUGGCUCUGGCACGCAGCGUACUUCCCGUUGUCCGUGUGUGAUACACCUACACCGCUCGCCGUAUGUACGUUCAACACAGAUAGUUCAGGUGGUGAACAGCAGUGGUAUUCCGAACAUGUGCCGGUGCGUUUGGGUCGUGUUAUACAGCAAAAACCUAAUGCACGCGUUUUCCAACUGAGCUCGAUGUAUGUGAGUACAACACGCAUGUCAACAGCAAGGUGCUCACGAACGCCAUGUAGCAGGCAGAUACACAGCAGUCAAGCUGCUGCUACUCAAGUGCUUAAGUUGACCAAUGGCCGUGAGAUACAUGGUAUGCACGCAGCAGCUUGUGUAUUUCAUACUUGUGCGAGAUACAUACGUCCAGUGACGUUUGGUAUAUUCCAGUUCGAUGUACAUUGGCUUUGGCUUCAGGUGGCGAAACCGCCGUUUGUCUGUCUCAUUGGACGUUCACCCACCGUCACCCUAUUUGGCUUUCAAUGCGUCAAUGGUGCAACACACGAGUAGAAACAGGUUGUUGUUGUUGGUGAACUGCAGCGAUGUGCCGAGCAUUGAGCCGAUGCGUUGCAUUGUAGUGGACAACUUCACCCGCUGGUAUCGGAGAGUACACAGCAGUACUGCUGUGGUGGCAGAACAUGGAUCGAUGGGGAACGUGCCUUGUACCGUCACACGAACGUCGCAUCGCUGGCAUAGGAAGUACUGCUGUAGACGUACCACAGCCAGGGAAAAUCGGCAUACGCUCUGGUUUCGCUUGCACACUUUCCAAACGCGCGGGCACCUACGCGGCACACCACGACUGU